UAUGCAAAUACUUGAGAUGGAUAGUAAUACUAAAUAGUAUAAGAAGUCUAAGAAAAUCACUGUUAAGAAAGGAUCAGAUGUUGAUUGUAUUUUAUUUCCAUAAUAAUAUUUAAAGUCAAAAUGCCUGUUAGUUAAUAAAAAUGGCAAGAAUAUUAAUUUAAUUAGGAAGAAAGAGAAUAGUGACUUUAUAAUUGAAUAAUCUAUUUAAUUUAGUAUUUAUGGUAUUUAUGGAUAACUAAGUUAAGAUGGAGAGU